AUGUCGGUGUUGGGCGACUCCACCCUAGUUCAUUCGCAAUGCCAGGGAAGUCGCACGCACUCGGAACACAUCUCGUCGCCUCCGUCGCCCCCACGCCGGUCGCUGCGCAAGGCCAUCUCCAUCCCUGCCGUAUCGUCGAUCGUCAAGGACUCGUGGAACUGGGCCGGAGACACCCUGCAUACGUACCGCGAUGGCCUCACCACGGAACAACGGAAGCAAAGGGCGGAUAUCGAGGAUCGCAAACAAGUACUGUACCUCCGUAUGAAGAAUUCCGUGUCGUACGAGGAAUGGCGAAGUUGUGCCUGUGAACUGGACGCCCUGGAAGACAAUAACGCCUGGAAAAAUACUUUUGAGUGCUCCGAAUACCAGCCGAGGCUGGUCCAGGAACGACUUCGACAGCUGGAAGAAGCGCGCAUCAGCUGUGAUGUCAGUCGCAUGCUGUUCCUCGUCCGGACCGCGCUCUCCCGGGACCUGGGAAAUAUGAGUAACAUAUCACUUUACCGACACUCUCACAUUGGGACGAAGGAUCUGAUCGAUCGCUAUAUUACUACCGCCUUGGACACUAUCACGACGCUGGUGGAUCUGUCGGUGCACAAUCGCUGCGACGGACUCGAGCUGAAAUAUAUCCUGGACCAGCUGCUGGCAGCGCGACAGGCAUUUGGCCGCAGUGCACUUCUCUUUUCAGGUGGCGCUACCUUUGGGAUGAACCACAUUGGUGUGCUCAAGGCCUUGUAUGAGGCAAAUCUGAUCCCCCGUAUCAUCUCCGGAGCCUCGGCAGGCAGUAUUGUAUGCGCAGUAUUUUGCACUCGCACGGACGAUGAACUGCCAGGGCUCUUGGAGACCUAUGCGCAUGGCAAUUUUGCCGUCUUCAAUGAGCAAGGGCGGGAGGAAAACAUCUUGCAGAAGACAGCUCGAUUCUUGAAGUAUGGGUCGUUUUUGGACAUCUCCCACCUGGCGUAUACCAUGCGGAGCUGGUUGGGCGACAUGACCUUCCAAGAAGCGUACAAUCGAACCCGCAGAAUUUUGAACAUCUGCGUCUCGAGCGCCGGAAUGUACGAGCUGCCGCGGCUGCUGAAUUACAUUUCUGCCCCCAAUGUGUUGAUCUGGUCUGCCGUAGCGGUAUCUUGCUCCGUGCCGUUGGUCUUUAGACCUUUCACACUCAUGGCGAAAGACCCCUUCACGGGAGAACCUGUUCCGUGGAAUGAUCUGGACAAGCAGUAUAUCGAUGGCUCAGUGGACGGCGAUUUACCCAUGACGAGGCUCUCCGAAAUGUUCAAUGUCAACCAUUUCAUUGUGUCCCAAGUCAACCCCCACGUGGUGCCAUUUUUGCCCAAAGAAGAAGGGCCCAGAAAUGAGGCGGACGAAGGACCGGCUUUCAUUCCCCGUUGGGUGAACACGAUGACCCAUCUUGCCAAGGAUGAGGUGCUCCAUCGCAUGACUGUCCUUUCGGAAAUGGGAGUCUUCCCAAUUGCGAUGACAAAGUUUGCCUCGAUUAUGAAUCAGAAAUACAGCGGUGACAUCAAUAUAUACCCUGAACUGAUCUCUUCAAACUUUCCACGGCUUCUGGAAAAUCCGACGACGGAGUUCAUGCUGCAGGCUUGUCUGAGCGGGGAGCGAGCAACCUGGCUCCGACUGAGCCGGAUUCGGAACCACUGUGCUAUUGAGCUUGCACUAGAUGGGGCUAUUCAACAAAUGAGGGCCCGAGUGACCUUCCGGCCUAUCCAAAUUGAUCCGCAGACACAAGGUACUGCUCGUCACUCGGUCGAUUCGAGCAACAGCAGCACUGGACUGAAGUCCAUUCGCCAUUGGAGAAGAAGUUCUCACAGUCAAGAGUUGGAGAAGAGGCAUUCAAUCGACCAGUCACGGCUUCGCCCGGCAGAACAAUUGAGAAAAUCACGCAGCACCGUUUCUCUUGAGAAUCCACCCUUGUUGCUGCAGAAUGAACCGAGUUUUGAGCAGACCCGCCAGAAGGUGCGCCGGCAGAGGUCUUCCAUUUCUUUUGGGAGCCGGACAUUCGCCAUUGGAUCUGGGAGUGACGACGAAGCCGAGCCCUCUGCCGGACCUUCCCUCUCAGUCCAUCAACCUUCAGAGUCACAGCUUCAUAGUGGGCUUUUCCUGGGCCACGGACCACGUAGCCCAGUUCGAUCCCGGCGAUCAUCAUUGUCUACUGGUCCAUUGUACGGCCAUUCCGGCUCAGCGCCAAAAAGUUUCUCCAAAAAGUCGGCUCGCGACCUUCCCGUAACUAUGCCGUCUUCCCGCCAUCUACUUAGUAUGACACCAACGCUGCAUCCGAGGUCUCCUGACGCAGUGACGCGCAAACAACGCCACUGA